AUUAUAAUAAUCACACAGAUACCUAACAAACUUUAAGGUUUCCCGCAAGAGUCUCUUCCCUGUUUUGUCGGAACAAUGGCUAACAAGAACAACAUUGUCAUCGUAUUCGAUUUCGACAAGACGAUCAUCGACGUGGACAGUGAUAAUUGGGUCGUCGAUGAGCUUGGUUUCACCGAGUUGUUCGAACAGCUUCUCCCCACAAUGCCUUGGAACUCUCUCAUGGAUCGGAUGAUGAAGGAGCUUUAUGAUCAUGGCAAAAUCAUUGAAGAAAUCAAACAAGUCUUGAGAAGAAUCCCUAUUCAUCCUCGUGUCAUCCCUGCAAUCAAGUCCGCUCAUGCUCUAGGGUGCGAGCUGAGGAUAGUGAGUGAUGCCAACACGUUCUUCAUCGAAACGAUCGUGGAACAUCUCGGGAUUAGUGAGUAUUUCUCAGAGAUUAACACAAACCCUGGACUUGUAGAUGAACAAGGAAGGUUAAGAAUCUCUCCUUACCAUGACUUCACCAAAUCUUCCCAUGGUUGCUCUCGUUGCCCUCCUAACAUGUGCAAGAGUUUGAUUAUUGAGAGGAUUCAAGCUUCUUUUACCAAAGAAGGCAAUAAGAUGAAGAUGAUCUAUCUAGGAGAUGGUGCUGGUGAUUACUGUCCUAGUCUUAGACUCAAAGCUGAAGAUUACAUGAUGCCAAGGAAGAAUUUUCCGGUUUGGGAUCUGAUUAGUCAAAAUCCGGCAUUGGUUAAGGCCACGGUUAGAGAUUGGACCGAUGGCGAAGCUAUGGAGAGGAUAUUAAUGGGACUUAUCAACGAGAUUAUGGAGAUGGAGAAGAUGGUGAGCUCUGAUAAUUGCAAGAUAUCUGUUGGGAUUGUUCAUGAACCUUUGUUGCCUAUUUCUCUUCCGGUUCCUCUACAUCUCGUCAAGUGACUGAUGAAGAGAACAAAGAAUCGAAGAUUUUUUUUUUUGUUUUGAAAUAUAAUAAUAUUCUUAAUGUAAUCGAGAAAAAUGUAUAAGAUAUAUACACCUAAAGUUGAUUAUAGUGAAUCAUGCACGUAAGCGUGUUAUUUUUGACUCUCAAGUGAUGUAAUGCAAGUAAUUUUCUUUGCAA